AAAAUCCGCUCUUCGUCUUCGUUCUCCUUGUUUCGUCCUUGACUCGAGUUCUUUGUUCGAACAACGAUGGUGCGAGCUUGGUACAUGGAUAGCAACGAUGCCGAUCAACGAUUGGAACAUCACAGGCAACCGCCGGAAUUCGUGUCGCUGGAUCAUCUAUUUGCCGUGACGGGCGUCGAAUAUUUUAAGAUAAAUCAUCUCAAUUAUGACACAGAUGCUACCUUGAAGAAAUUACGCGAGAAACGCGGUUAUACAUAUGAAGAUGAAAUAACAUGCUCCAAAGAAUGUUUACAAAAUUAUGAAGAAAAGUUAAGAAAUUUUUUCACUGAACAUCUUCACACUGAUGAAGAGAUACGCCUAGUUCUGGAUGGAUCUGGUUAUUUCGACGUAAGAGAUAAAAACGAUGAAUGGAUUCGGAUUGAAGUUACAGCUGGUGAUCUAAUAAUCAUACCUAGUGGGAUUUAUCAUCGCUUUACUUUGGACAUUAAUAAUUACAUAAAGGCAAAGAGAUAUUUUAUUGGAGAGCCAGUUUGGCUGCCAUAUAAUAGACCAGCUGAUAACAUGGAGUGUCGCAAACACUAUCUCAAACAAUUGCAGAAAGGAUUUGAAGUACUUUCCUUUUAAUAAACUUCAAUACUACAUGGACUUCCAGAAAAAUAUUUUUUUAUAUUUUA